AUGGCUACUUCCGAGUCAUUUACCUAUUCCUCAGCAGUGAGCGCCAGUCAGUUCCGACUGGUGAACAUCCAAGCUGCCCGCGAGGGUCCUCUUGAAACGCAAGUCGCGACAUUCUCGCUCGCAGCGCAUCCGAAAUACUACACAUUGUCGUACUGUUGGGGAGCCGCGGAUUUCGACUCCGAUGAGGCGGACCAGGCCCCUAGAUUCUCCAGCAUUGCUGUCAAUGGGAGAAAUUUCCCAGUACGGGAGAAUCUGCGCGAUGCUCUUCUCCAAUUACGACAGAGCUUUCCAGACGCUUGGUUCUGGAUUGACGCCAUUUGCAUCAACCAGGACGACAACGCCGAGCGCUCGGCGCAGGUUGCUAUCAUGGACAAGAUUUACACCAAGUCUCAUUCGACUGUCGCGUGGAUAGGAAGGGAGAAGCCGGGGCUGGAAAGAGCUCUUGAAGUCAUUACAGACAGGAUUAUGACGUGGGACAAGUGGUCGGAUGCCCCUGGUAUCAGCUAUUGGGAGGUGAACGCGACUCAAGACUAUGAGCCCCUAGCUCGAGCAAUGGCGGGGAUCCCAGACCUAGCUCUGGAAGACUGGAUGGCACUCGAAGGCAUAUAUGGGCGGCGCUGGUUCCGGAGGCUUUGGGUCGUGCAGGAGGUCGCGCUGUCCACGGAGGUCAUCGUCCUCUGCGGGAUUCAGCAGAUACCGUGGCCUGUCCUGGGGAGUUUUGCCUGGCUUACGAUGAACUCCGGGUCACUAUACCGCGGCCAACAACUCAUGGGCGAAAAUGGUCUCCAUCGGCAGGUUGACAUGGGUAUCAUGAACGCGACUGCGAUCAACACCUGUCGUAGCUGGUGCGACUACUACAGAGAUCUCUAUUCCCGAGAUCCGAGUAAUCCGAUACGCCCUGGGGUUUUCACACCCGAAGGCUACAUCACUAUUGUCCUAUUCCCGAAAUGGGAAAAGGCUUUGGAGGACCUGCUCGAUAACACCUCGACCUUUGAGAGCACUGAUGGCAGGGACCAGAUUUAUGGACUAUUCGGAAUGCUCAAGUUCAUCGCCGAGUUUGAAAAGAUUCUCGCCGAGUUUGAGAGGCACCGCGACGAUUUCGUGGACUUUGGGUUCGAUGACGCCCUGAUCAGUGUGGACUACGACAUACCAUUGCCGGACCUUUACACCAGAGUCACCAGCCAGAUUGUCGGGUCUGGACGACUGGAGCUUCUCACGCGGGCUGGCGUGGCUUAUGAGAGAAUGGAAGGUCUUCCGUCUUGGGUGCCCGACUUCCGCGGGACCAUUGUGACGGAUCUGGCGCAAGAUGCUUCCAGGCAUGCCGGGAACGCAGACCUGGGGAUUAGAAUUGUGGGUGACAAGCUGUACUGUCGAGGUUUCAAGGUCGGCGCCGUGCCCGAAUCGACGGACUUUCUGGCACAGGCUCUGAGCGGCCAGGCGAAUCCUGUGUAUCCCUUCACCAACCGGCCCACGGUGGAUGCAUAUUGGCGCACGCUCGUGAUGGACAAGAAGGAGCCCAUGAGCCGACUCCUGGGAGCGCGUGACGAGGUGGGACUAUCAUUCCGCGAAUGGACGGUUUCCUGCAUGCUUCAGCUUGCCAUUGUGCAGUUACAGGCUGGGAUGGACUGGGAUAAUGUGGAGGAGAGCAUGAAGGAUUUCGAUGAAACGGCAGCCAUGGACACGACCGGGCUAUACCCCGGCACGAAAGACCUGAAGGCUCGGCUAGGCAUACUGGGUUACUUGGGGGAGGCCGAGGAGGCGUCGAGAGAGGAGAAGAGGGCGGUCAUAGAAAGGGCAGAGGAGCAUCUCCGAAUCUGGCAGAUCCAUUCUUUGCAUAAUAAUCGAUUGUUCUCGCUUCUUGAUGGGGGACAUAUGGCUCUGCUGGACAACUCCGCAGCUUUGGGAGACGAGGUAUGGAUUCUGAAGGGGCUACAGCUGCCGCUGCAAAUGAGAAGGGUAGAAGGGGGUAACUUUGUCAUAGUCUGCGAUGCAUACGUUCACGGCAUCAUGUCCGGUGAAGCUAUCACUGAUGAGGUUGUGUGGGAGGAUAUUUGCAUUGUCUAG